AUGGGUGGGGGGGGGGGGGACGGGGAGUGGGGGGGGGGUCGUGCGGGGGGGGAUAGGAAGGGCGGGGGGGCGCGCACGCAUGGGGGAAUAGAAGGGUGGAGGAGGGAUGGAGAGAGGAAGAAGGAUACGGGGGGGGUGGGGAGGGGGAUGGGGGGGGGGGGGAGGAAGGUGGUGGGGGGGAGGGAGGGGGGGGGGGGGAGGGCGACGGGAAGGGGGGGGGGAGGGGGGGAGAGGGGGGAGGGGGGGGGGGAGGGGGAGGGGGGAGGGGGGGGGGAGUGGGGGGGGGGGGAGGGGGGGGGGGUAGGGGGGUGGGGGGGGGAGGGGGGAGGGGGGGGGGGGGGGUGGGGGGGGGGGGGGGGGGGGGGGGGGGGUGGGGGUGGGGGGGGAGGGGAGGGGGUGGGGGGGGAGGGGGGAGAGGGGGGGGGGUGGGGGGGGGGGGGGGGAGGGGAGGAGGGGGGGGGGGGGAGGGGGGAGGGGAGGGUGGGGGAGGGGGGGGGGGGGGGGGGAGGGGGGUGGAGGGGGGGAGGGGGGGGGGGGGGGGGGAGAGGGGGGGGAGGGGGGGGGGGGUGGGGAGGGGAGGGGAGGGGAGGAGAGGGGGAGUUUGCCUGGGAGAGGGGGUGA